AUGUCCAAUCUUUUGCGAAGUCUGGUGUUCGGAGUGUUUCUUAGCCUCGCAAACACCAGCAUGCCACAUCCAUGGUAUGAAAGUUUACCCGCAGUGGCUUUAGACUACAAAGUUCAUAUUGAUGCCGGAAAGGAGGAUUGUUACUUUCAAUAUGUUCAUGCUGGCGCUACUUUUUACGUGAAUUUCCAGGUAGUACGUGGUGGAGAUGGAAAAGCUGGUUUCGCAGUAAGAAAUCCAGACGGAGUAAUAGUUCAUCCUUAUCAGUGGCUAUCUAAUUCAGAUUAUCAAGAUACUGUAAAAAAUGCUGGUUACUACAGCAUUUGUAUAGAUAAUCAGUUUUCCAGAUUUGCUUCAAAAUUAGUUAAUUUAUACAUUACAGUGAUCAGUCUACAAUAACCACAGUGGAAAGAAACAUUAACGAAAUGCUUCAGACUCAACAUUUGAGUAGAAGUAGAGAAGCUCGUGACCUAAACUUAUUGUUGGAUAACAAUUCUUAUGUCCAAACAUGGUCUAUUGCACAAAUAAUUGUUAUAAUGGUAACAACAACGAUACAGGUAUAUUUUGUAAGAAAAUUAUUUGAAGUGAGACCAUCCAGAUACUCCAGAGCAGGCAUAUAAAUGUUACUAAGAUGUAUCAUAUGAAAGUGAACAUGGCUGAAGAAGUUUUCUGCAUUUAUUACGGGAAACGAUAA